AUGUAUCGUGUGAAUAGAAGUUGCGAUGAGUCAUCGAGUGAUGAUGAAGGGCCCUCUCUGCGCAAAGAACAAAAGUUAGACAGUGCCGAUGACACGAUGAAAAACUGUAAAGCAGGAAGCAAGGCUGCACAGAUGUGGACUGAUUUGUUGGCUGAGCAAAGUCUCUCAGAAACAUUUUCGGACAAAGUUGGAGUGUAUAGAGGUGAGAAUGACGUGGUGGAACGUGGUGUUGAAAGUUAUAUUCUUCCUGAUGCACGAUGUAUCAGUGAUGAAGAAAUGGGAUACCAAAAGCACGAAAAAUGUCCACAUAGAUGCGGUCGUGAGUCAAGAAGUCGCAAUAGGCAAGGGCCAGUAAGUUCUAUUAAUCAGGAAAAAAACACCAGGGAAUCGUGGAAACAUUUUGCUUCCAUAUCACGAAGCACCUCGCGGAGCAGUGGAAAACGGAGACGAAAUAACUACAACCCAAAUAAGAAGGACAGUGGUCGAGUCACCAGGCACAUUGGAAAUAACUCUUUAAAGCGUCGAAGAGAUGACCAAAAUCUAAGUUCAGUGCCGAGUGAUAAUUAUUCAUUGGAGGCGCUGUUGGCAGCGGAUUUUCCAGAAAAUAUUAGUAUUGUCGAAUUGGCUGAACAAAUUGUUACAGCAUUAGGCGAACGGAAUGGAAAGUUUUUGCGGAGCGUAAUACUCGAAAUAGGAGAAGAGAAAGCCUUAGAAUUGUUUGAAGCAACACGCGGAAUAGAAGCAUCUGGUGGUAUGAUGAUUGCUGACGGUACACGUCGACGAACUCCAGGUGGUGUCUUCAUGACUUUGUUCAAGACAGAUCCAGAUGUCUUACCCAUACUGAAGGAAAAAGUAUGCAGUUUGCAGAAGGCUGCUGCUCGAGAAAUAAGAACUGCAAGACGGAGAGGAAGGAGAGAAGAGUCGAAGGCAUGCGAUAUUGCGCUGGAAAAGCUCGAGAUGCAAAAAAAAUUAUCUACAGCAUCAGAAGUGCUGCUUGAAAAAUAA